UGGGACUCUGCCGCAAUGCAUCUUGGGACCGAUGAGACUUAAGUGACCAGCAAGAACUCCGAAGUGAGAAACGAAUGGAUAAAGAUAUGUCUGUGAGUAGAGGGUUUGUGUGUACAGCCCCGUGGCGGGGGCCAGGGAGAUGGUAGGGCGGCCUCUGUGCCUCCGAGCCCGGAAGUCUCUGCUCUCUGCCGUGCGGAUCUGGAAGCGAAGCCAUAAGGGGCGGGACUUCCGCCAGAGACGCGCUGCUACCCGGAACGGUUUUCCCAGAGAUUAAACCAGAAGAAAAUGAUGUGGUGACCAUUUCUGAGCCCAGCUAUUCCAUAUGGAAUGGAGUGUCCCAUGCCCUCCAUAAAACGCUGUUGAACAAAAUUGAAAUGGGAUCUAAAGCCUACAGAAACAUGGACCGGCUUCUUCCAUGCCAGGAUGCAUUGACCUAUGAUGAUGUGCAUGUGAACUUCACUCGGGAAGAGUGGGCUUUGCUGGAUCCUUCCCAGAAGAGUCUCUAUAAAGAUGUGAUGCUGGAGACAUACUGGAACCUGUUUGCUAUAGGUUACAGUUGGGAACACCAUAAUAUUGAAGAACCUUGUCAAAGUUCUGGAGGACUUGGAAGGCAUGAAAGAACACAUAGUGGAGAGAAACUGGCCCAGGCCAGUAUAUAUAGUCUUCCCUGUAGCUCCAGAAAUUCAGAGCCAUGGAACCAGCAAUUGUUUGCUAAGAGUAUAUUGACCUACAAUGAUGUGCAUAUGAAUUUCACUCGAGAAGAGUGGGCUUUGCUGGAUCCUUCCCAGAGGAAUCUCUACAAAGAUGUAAUGCUGGAGACCUACAGGAACCUCACUACUAUAGGCUACAAUUGGGAAAGUCAUAAUAUAGAAGAGCAUUGUCAAAAUUCUAGAAGACAUACAAGGUAAUUUUCAAUGUCAGCUGAUAUGAAUAUGGUUCUGAGAAAAUUUUAAUAUGUUCUGGAAGUUUGAAAGAGAAGG